AUGGAAGCAAUAUAUCUCAAACCCUUUCCCAUUGAAUUAUUUUCCAAUAUAAUGUUACCAUAUUCACCAGCAUCAUUAUCAUUCAAUAAUUACAAUUCCACAGCUACAUAUUCAACUUCAACAUUAGCUCAACAGUUGUUAGUUGGUAUAUCUCAGUCCGUAGCUGAAACAAAUAAAAUGGAUGUAAAUUUUCAUGAUAAUCAUAAUUCACUUGUUCGUUAUAAAACCAUCUAUCGUAAUUAUCAUGGUAUUAUAUCAAGUUUUGUAUGUAUAUUUGGUUUAACAUGUAAUUUAUUCAAUAUAAUUGUCUUAACUCGUCCACUAAUGCGUUCGUCCACCAACACUAUUUUAACCUCAUUAGCUAUAUCCGAUUUAAUUAAAAUGUUAUUUGUUUUACCUGCAGCGAUACUUUUUUAUUGUUUACAAAUUAGUGAACGUAAAAGCGAACCUGAUUUUUCAUCACGCUUUCAAGUUACAUUUUAUAUGAUACAAAUGUUAGUUGCACUAACAUUACAUUGUAUUAGUACAUGGCUGACAGUUCUUCUCGCUGCUUUUCGUUUUGUAUUUCUGAGCUGUAGAAGUCUAACAGGCUAUGUUUCAAGACCAGAUCGUGCAUUGAUGGGUGUUAUUACAGUAGUUGUUGUUUCCACAAUUCUUUGUGUACCAUCAUAUGUAGAACAUCGUAUUGUUAAUAAUUGUACGAACGAUACAUUGUCAUUACCUUCAUAUCGUUUUGAAGAAACAAGACUAAGUGAAUAUUUAUCGUUGCGUAGCACUGUAUUUGUUUUACACGCUGUUAUAUUUAAAUUGAUACCAUGUAUUUUACUGCUUUUAUUCAGCUUUUUAUUAAUUCAUCAAUUAAGAAGUGCAUUAGCAAAAGCUGAGAUAGUUCAAAAACAUUCUGCAACACCAAUAAAUCUUACGAAUAAUGGACGCUUGCGUGGGCGUAGACAUGAAAAAGAAAAUCGUCGUACAACAUUAAUGUUAGUUAUAGUUUGCGCUCUAUUUCUAAUUACAGAAUUACCGCAAGGUGCAAUAUUACUGUUAGCGUUUCUUUCAAAACAGAGAUCAAACGAUUAUUAUGAAAUCUAUCAACAACUUGGUGAUACCUUUGAUAUAUUAGCAUUAAUUAAUAAUUCCGUCAAUUUUAUUCUCUACUGUUUAAUGUCACGUGCAUUUCGUGACACAUUUAAACAAACGUUUUGUAUUUCUUUUCAAGAAAUCGAUCAUCGAGAUUCAAGAUUUUCAAUUACACAGAUUUCGGUAAGAAAAAGUCAACCCGAACAGUUAAAUACAUCAAUACAUUGUGAAGCAUUAUCAAAAUCUAAAUGUAGUAUUUAUCAACGAACAAGCAAACCAAUAGUUGAAGAGAAUAAGAAUAAAAAGAAAAAAAUCUCACUACAAUGUUUUAAUCAUUUAACAACAGUUCCAUUACUCAAUGAUGAUACAUCAAAUGGUUUGCAAAAACACAAUUCAUGUCCAAAAUAA